AUGCGCAUCACCAACAGACUGCUACAGCACGCCUGUAGAAUUACCCUCUUCACGCGAGAAACCUGCGGUCUCUGCACCCAAGCAAAGUCAGUGCUCUCAGAUGUAUGGGAUCGUCGCCCUUUUGAGUACAAGGAGAUCGAUAUCAUCAAGUCGCAGCAAAUCCCGCGUUGGCGUGAUCUGUACGAGUUUGACGUGCCCGUGAUACACAUCAAUAAAGCAUCUGCUCCUGAGGAACAGCACCAGCUGGCUUCUAAGGCUGUCAAACUCAUGCACAGGUUCACAGUCGAAGAAGUGGAAGCAAAGAUGGAUCAAGUCGAGAAGUUAUAG